GACUCUUGAGUUAAUCCUUGCAGACGAGACAAUAAGAGCUUAAGUUUUAUAAUUUAUAGAUAUGUGUGAUGUCAACUAUGCUGAAUCUAAUACUGCUUUUUUACAGGGUCAAAAAAUUCAUGCAUCUUGCAGAAGAUCACUGAUGUAUCUUGUUCAACGAGAUCUACCUGUAGGAGAAUGGAGAGUGGUUGAAAAUUUUAAGAUAAGCGGUACUGGAGGUCAAUACAGACCAACAAAACUUCAAUACAAAAUGACCAUCCUUGGAGACACAACCAUAAUCCGUACUGAUUAUCGUAAUGAUAAUCACUUCCUUUCGCUUGCGAGAUACGAGGAAAUUGGAACUGAAAACCUGAAAACGUAUUUUCUAAUUGAUAUUCUUGGACAAGUGGUCGAACUUGGAAGAAUCAUGACGGUUGAAGUUAAGGGCGAGGAGAGGAAGAGAGUUCUGUUUCGUUUGCGUGAUACAAGUGGUAAUGAAGUAGCAUGUUGCUUAUGGGGACAAUACGCUGAGCAAAUUGAAUCCCAUAUUUCAGAAUCCAAAGAUGAUACUAUUAUAUGCUUGAUCCGCUUUGCCAAAAUCAGUGAAUUUAGAGGUGAGUUGCAAAUCACCAACGCGUAUGAUGCUUCACUUUUGAUGCUCAACCCAACAAUGGAGGAAGCUAUUGAUUUUAAACAGAAGUUCAACUAUCGUUGCUGUUAAAGUGUCAGAUAUUUCCUAUUUUGAAGUGAAAGAGUGAUGUGGAUUGUC